UCCGAAAAGGGUCGUUGGCGGCGCCCGGCAGCAGCGCCGGCCGGCCCAGUGAGCGGGAAUGGCGUGAGUGCGCCCGUUGGCGGGUGUACCAGAAGCUGCAAUGGCAACAUUUGGUCAACUGAAGCGAAGAUGGUACUUGUACACUGCCUCUCGACUUGCUUUGUGAGAGACUUCCUGUAGCCCUUGGAAGAACGCAUCAGGAGAGAAGGACUGCUUGUCAUCAUGAAGUUGAAACAACGGGUAGUGCUUCUGGCAAUCCUCCUUGUCAUCUUCAUUUUUGCCAAGGUUUUCCUCAUAGACAACCUGGACACUUCAGCAGCUAACCGUGAGGACCAGCGUGCCUUUCAUCGUAUGAUGGCGAGCCUGCGGGUGGAGCUGGACCCUCGACUUGACCACACUCUGCAGUCUCCCUGGGAGAUUGCAGCCCAGUGGGUGGUGCCACGGGAAGUGUACCCAGAGGAGACGCCAGAACUGGGGGCAGUGAUGCAUGCUAUGGCUACAAAAAAGAUAAUCAAAGCAGACGUAGGCUAUAAGGGAACCCAGCUGAAGGCGUUGCUCAUACUGGAAGGUGGGCAGAAAGUGGUCUUCAAACCCAAGAGAUAUGCUAGAGACUAUGUGGUAGAAGGAGAGCCGUAUGCUGGGUAUGACAGACACAACGCAGAGGUGGCAGCCUUUCACCUGGACAGAAUCUUAGGUUUCCGACGAGCCCCUCUGGUGGUUGGUAGGUUUGUGAAUCUCCGCACAGAGAUCAAACCUGUUGCCACAGAACAGCUGCUAAGUACGUUCUUGACAUUAGGAAAUAAUACUUGCUUCUAUGGAAAGUGCUACUAUUGCCGGGAAACAGAGCCAGCCUGUGCUGAAGGGGACACCAUGGAGGGGUCAGUCACGCUAUGGCUGCCAGACGUUUGGCCCCUUCAGAAGCAUCGACACCCAUGGGGCAGAACAUACAGGGAAGGCAAGCUGGCCAGGUGGGAAUAUGACGAGAGCUACUGUGAUGCUGUAAAGAAGACCUCACCCUAUGACUCAGGCCCACGGCUCCUUGAUAUCAUAGAUACAGCCAUCUUCGAUUAUUUGAUUGGGAAUGCUGAUCGACACCAUUAUGAAAGCUUUCAGGAUGAUGAAGGGGCCAGUAUGCUAAUUCUACUUGACAAUGCCAAAAGCUUUGGGAACCCUGUCUUGGAUGAGAGAAGCAUUUUAGCACCUCUUUAUCAAUGCUGCAUUAUUCGAGUCUCCACAUGGAACAGACUGAACUACCUGAAGAAUGGGGUGCUGAAGUCUGCCUUAAAAACUGCCAUGUCGCACGAUCCUAUCUCACCAGUUCUGUCCGCCCCUCAUAUGGAUGCCCUGGACCAGCGACUCCUGAAUAUCUUGGCUACAGUAAAGCAAUGUACAGACCAGUUUGGACCAGACAUUGUACUGGUAGAAGAUAGGAUGACACUUUCCCAUUUGUAGCUUCAACAGGUGUUGGAGCAGAUUUUCUCUCUCUCUAUUUUUAAGAAAACAAUAAGAAAACAGCACAAUUGGUUUUGCAUGGCUGUGGACAGGAUGGGCUGGAACUGAAACGCCAGACUUCCUGAAUUGAAGGAGAAAGCAGCGGCAUGAUGGUUUUGCUGAAGACAAGGAACUUGCCUUCAGGUAGCCCCAUAUCAUGUUUUGGAUGUCCAUUGCUGGCACUGGAUAUUACACUGAGAGCACUCCUAGAUUUCUUAAAUAAGAAAUUGGAAGUAGGCAUUAAGACAGACUGAUUCCAGAGAAGAGCCACAGUCCCCUCACCUAAUCCAAAUACGGUUUUAAGAUUAUAGCCCAAUUCAUAGUUGUAAAGAAUAGGCUGCCUAUGCUUCCUUGCUGGCUACCUA